CGACCAAAGCAAGCGAGGAAGAGGCAGCAGGCUGACACAGAGAGAGAAGACGGGCCCCAACCCCCCACGCCGCGCCGCAGGGUUCUCCGUCGUCGCCGCCGGCAAGCUUCCGACCGACCGGCGGGCGAGAUCGUCGGCCAUGGACUCUCCACCUCCGUUCAUCUACUGCCCCCCAGCCGGCGACGCCGACGACGCCGGCGAGAAGGCCCUCAUCAAGGCGGCCAUCGACGGCAACCUCGGCCGCCUCAAAGGUAUUGUAAAGCGGCUCACCAAAGGAAAUGGCGACCGGUCGGCGAUUUUUUCUUUCAACAACGAUGGACUCUCUGUGUUGCAUAUCGCGGCAAGCUUUGGCCAUCUGGAUAUUUGCAAGUAUUUGGUGGAGGAGCUCAAGGGAGAUGUAAAUGCUCCUGGACAUGGAGUAGCUCUAGGUGCGACUCCAUUUAUGGUGUCUGCUCAGUCUGGUGAUGUUGCUGCCGUCAAGUAUUUUCUUGAUCGUGGCGGUGAUGUAAUGAAAGCAGAUGACAAAGGACAAACAGUUCUCCACCAUGCUGUGGCUGCAGGAUGCUGCAAGGUAACAGAGUUCCUCCUUUCAAAAGGAGUGCCGGUCGACAUAGACUACGGCCGUGGAACACCAGCCUUUCUGGCUGCUGUAAAUGAGCAGGAUAAGACAUUGAAGAUUUUGUUGGACCACCAUGCAAACCCUAAUGUCAUUGUCAACGGUAUGGGAAAUCCUCUGUGUAUGGCUCUUGUUUACCGUUCAUUGAAGUGCAUGAAGCUACUCAUUAAGGCUGGUGCGGAUGUUAAUUGCAAGGGUUGUGCUAUGACUCCUUUGGUGUUUGCUACGGGACGAGGAGGUUAUACGAACUACAUUCAGUUCCUAUUGAAGGCUGGAGCAGAUCCUAAUAUUCCAGAUGAUUUAGGUAGGUUGCCAAUAGAGUUUGCUGCGGUGCGUGAUUGCAAGGAAGAGGUUGAAAUGUUGUUUCCUUUGACUAACCCAAUUCCAAAUGUCCGAAACUGGAGUAUUGAGGGAGUAAUUUCUUAUGCAAAAAUUCAAGAUAAAAAGCCGAUGGCAAUAGAUCAUGCAGAGAGUGCAGCACUGUAUGCAAACAGGAGUGUUUGUAAACUGCUCAUGGGUGAUGGUGAAGGUGCUUUGUCGGAUGCUCUCAGGUGCAGAAUGCUGCGACCUGAUUGGGCCAAAGCUUGCUACCGUCAAGCUACAGCUCACAUGCUACUCAAGGAGUAUAAACAAGCCUGUAAUGCUCUCUUGGAUGCACAAAAGCUGGAUCCUGGGAAUGCUGAAAUUGAGCGUGAACUACGGAAGGCUAGGGAACUCAUGAAGAAUCCUCCUGCUGAAGGCGAGCAGUGAGGGGCGUGCACGUUGAACUGCAGGCAGCAACAUGUGCCAGUUCUUACUAAAAGUGGAGUUAGCAUCAACUUCUAAUCCUUGUGUUUUAUUAGAACCGAAAGGCUGAAAUGUGUGGCGAAUCUUGCGUCUUCAGAUUUCUAAGAUGAUUUUUUAUGAGAUUUUCUUGUCUGUCCCUUGGAUCAUAGUAGCCAUUUCCUUUACUUUUGGAUGAGUAUGCUUGCAAUUCCAAUUAUUCAA